CACCACCCUCCUCUCGUUCCAAUCCACCACAUUCGCCGUCAUGUGUUUCGCCGACACAAAUACCCUCAAAACAAACUUCCUCGCCAUUUCACCCUCGUUUAGAUUGGGCUCAGAAAGUCCAAUAUAAAUAACUUUGGGCCUUUCUUGGCCCAAGUCCAAUACUCUUCAACCAAAAAAAAAAUAUACUACUAUCGGAUCGGUCACUGGUUCAGUUUAAUUUAAUCCAUGGCAAUCGCAUUUGCGUCAACCACUAUUAGAAGGAUGAUGAUUCACACGCGACCGAGAUUCAUCGCGUAUUGGAACAAUUCUAUUGCAAAUAAAACUGCUUCUAGAAUCUUCCAUUUCGGUUACUAUAAUUCUAACUGUAGCAGUAACACCUCUUCUCUUCAAUUUCCUCUUCCACGUACACUUUCCGCUAUGGCGAGUCCUCAAGAUUCCUCUACGAUCAAGACGGAGAAGGUGGUGAUAAAGGGGAGGGUGCAAGGUGUAUGGUACAGAAACUGGACAGUGGAUAAUGCGAAGGAGUUAGGGCUAAAUGGAUGGGUUCGAAACCGGAGGGAUGGUUCUGUGGAGGCUCUGUUCUCCGGUAGCCCCGACGCCGUGCAGGAAAUGCAACUGAGGUGCCGCCGUGGUCCACGCGAUGCCGUUGUCACUGGACUCGAGGUAUUCCCUUGUGAUAAUGAUGAUGAUCCUGGUACUGGAUUCCAUCGCAAACCAACUGUUUGAUUUUAUGCAUGUUUGGAUUCACAGUGAAUUUGAUAGAAGAAUCAUAAUCACAGUGUGACAUUUAUUUUAGUGGAAACUACAUUUUGGAGCUCCAAUAAAAUCAUGGUGUCAUGUUAUUGUAAUUUUGCCAAACUUACUGUGAAUCAUGAUAUGUAUUUAAUCAAUCAAUCACAGUUGUUGGAAAUUUAUGUUUUGGUAGUAUUUAAUUGCUGUAGUGUAAUAGGACUGUUGUAGAGUGAAAUAAUUAAUGUGACUUGUUGUUCUAUCUUGCUAGCUGCUUGCUGGAAGCUUGUAAUUUGGCUAGUUUAUUAUAACCUUAGUUUCCUCCAUGUGAAAAGUAUAAUGUUUUGACUUGAUUGAAGUAGAAGAUAAUUAAUUCACUAGUGGCUUACAA